AUGCUGUGGCUCAAGGCGCGCCAGAAGUCGGCCGCCUCCGGGUCGUCCACGGCGCCCAGCGCGAGGGUCGCCGUCAAGCGGCAGCGCGGCCGCGGGUCCAGCGAGCUGCUGCGCGACCUCCACCUCAAGAAGGACCUCAGCCACUGGGAGCCCGACCUCUGCAUCCAGAUGCUCAAGAUCCCCUCCGCGCAGAACUACUCGGCCAUGCGGAAGCUGCUGCAGCUCCAGGGCACCAACAAGUCCUGGCUGCUGGAAUUCCUGGAACAAGAUGGCCUGGGAGUGCUGCUGGACAGCCUGGAGCGGCUGGGCGCGGUGGGCCGCCGCGGCGGCAGCAAGAGCUCCCUGGCGGACCUCUCCAGCCAGGUGGACUGCGUGGCCUGCACCCGCGCCGUCAUCAACAGCGGUGUCGGCCUGGAGUACAUCGUGGGGCACCCCGCGCACACCAGGCAACUGGCCACCAUCCUGAGCUCCCAGAACACGACGGUGAAGCUGCAGGUGUUCGAGCUGCUGUGCGCCAUCUGCAUGUUCUCGGCCAGCGGCCACGCCCUCGCCUUAGACGCGCUGCAGCACUUUAAGCGCCUGCACGGGUACCGCUACCGCUUCGACGCCGUGGUCAUGGAGCUCCGCGCCGCGGACUCGCCCGUCUACCAGGCCACGCUCCUCGCCUUCGUCAACUGCCUCGUCCUGGCCAACGAGGACCUGGCGAGCAGAGUCCGCAUGCGGAACGAGCUAAUCGGUCUCGGCCUGGAGAAGCUGCUGCUGCCGCUGCGGCGGAGCGACUCGACAGCCCUGCAGGUCCAGGUCGGCGUCUUCGACCGGGCGGCCCACGCCGACCAGGACGCCCUGGAGGAGGCGGGCGCAGCCGGCGACCCCCUCAACAUGACCCACCACCAGCUGUUCGACGCGCUCUUCGCCAAGGUGGCGGACUCGCCCCAGGCGCUCUCGCUGCACACCGUGCUGCUCAACCUGACCCAGUUGGACCCGUCCAACCCGCAAUCAGACCGUAUAUGGGAGGCGUUGGAGGACCUGACGGCGCACGUGGCCAAUGGGAGCGUGCCGUCGUCGAGCGCGUCGAGCCGCCACCUCCGGGACCUCCGGGACCUCCGGACGUGCGAGACCAGGUCCGUGGCGACGCAGACCACGGUGCGCAGCCGCGCCAGCGACCGACUCAGCGACCGCCUCAGCGGCGCCAGUCUGACCGGUGACCGCAAGUCCGUCGACAGCGACGCCGUCAAGAACAUGGUGUCGGCCGAGGACCGCGUCGACGUCGGCACGGACCCGAUGACCCCCGCGUCGUCGGCGCCCAGGAUAGAGAAGCAGGCGCCUGUCGGGGCGGCGUCGUCCGCCUCCACCCCCACCGCGCCACCGCCUCCACCACCCCCCUUACCCGGAGCAGCCGCACCCCCACCACCCCCGUCGCCACCUUUCCCCGGAUCACCUGCACCUCCGCCACCACCUUUCCCCGGAUCACCCGCACCCCCGCCACCACCCUUCCCCGGAUCACCCGCACCCCCACCCUUCCCUGGGGCCCCCGCCCCACCGCCCCCACCCCCCGUCCCGGUGGCCCGCCCCGCCCCCUUCCCCGGAGCGCCUGCCCCGCCCCCUCCUCCCGGCCUGCCCGGCAUGGUGCCCGUGGAGGAGCCCCUGUGCGUGGCCAAGACCCACUACUUGACCUACCCCGGCCGCCGGUCCGUGGACCUGACCGACGGACAGUGGAACCCGACUGGCGCCAACAAAUACAACACUUUCCCGCACCCGCGGAGGAAGCUGCGGACGCUCAACUGGACGAAACUGCCCAAUCAAGUUAUCGGGAACGAGAGUGUGUGGACUACAAUGCACAAUGUGGAGCCCAAAGUGAACAUGGACUUUCACCAGAUCGAGGAGCUGUUUUGCCAACGGUCUGCUGCACCUGCUGAGCCUAAAGCUGGAAAGAAGAAUGCAGUCGUGGCCAAUGCCGCUCCUGCCCAGCCAGCCACUGUCAACCUACUUGACUCCAAACGUAGUCUCGCAGUCAACAUUUUCUUGAAGCAAUUUAAGACCAGUGGACCACAGGAGGUAUUGAAUGCUGUCAAAAGUGGUGAUGCAUCCAAGCUUGGUUCAGAGAGGCUUCAAUGUAUAGAAAGGCUGCAAGGGUUGCAGCGACUUCUUCCCGAUAAAACUGAAUUGGAAUUGAUUAGGAGUCAUCCUAAAGAAGGUGGUCCUCUAGGAUCCGCUGAACAAUUUUUCCUGGAUUUAGCAAAUAUAUCUUCCUACUCGACCCGUAUUGAAGCCAUGAUGCAGAAAGAGCAACUACCUGUCUUCGUCCAGGAAUUCAAACCUCAACUUAAAACUGUUGUGGAUACAUGCGAUCAAGUCAUCAACAAUGCCUCUUUAAAAGAAUUUUUAGCUCUUAUUUUGCACUUUGGAAACUAUUUGAAUGCUGGAAGCUAUGCUGGCAAUGCAGCAGGAUUUAAGUUGAAUACACUUCCCAAGUUAUUGGAUAUGAGAGCAAAUAAGCCUCGUGUCACUUGUCUUCAUUAUGUUGUGGAUGUUUCAGAAGCUCAAAACAAAGAUAUUUUGACAUUCACCACAGAAAUGAAACAGAUGCGUUCUGCAGCUAGAAUAUCUCUGGAAACCUUAGAGGAAGAGGUUCAACAGCAGGAUAAAAAAAUUCAGAAAUUAAGUGUGAUCCUCAAAGCUGCUGACAAAGAAGUGCAGAAACAAUUUUCUGAGUUUGUCACAGAAGCCAUUGAAAGUGUUAAGGACCUACAGAAGUGUGUGUCUGAUGCCAAGAGUGCAGCUAAGAGACUAGCGAUACACUUUUGUGAGGAUGUGAAUAGUAAUAGCUCUUCAGCCUCAAGGUUCCAGCUGCAGGAGUGUUUUAAGCUAUUUGCUGACUUCUUCGAUAAAGUUGAUCAAGUGCGAGAGGAAAAUAAACUGCGUAAAAAGCAGGAGGAGAGUGCAGCAGCUCGGAAGAAAGCUGAGGAAGAGAGAAAAGCAAUGAAAUCAAACUCAGUAAAUCCGACGUCCAAAGGAGCAUCAGGUAAAGGGCGCAAGGGUCGAGGGCACACUGUUUUUGAGGCUGAUGAACCAUGUCUUGUAGACCUUCUCAUGCAAGAAAUCAAAGGAGGCACAUUUAAACUGCGGAGAACUGCUGUCUCUGCUGGCCAAGCGUAGAUGUAGUGUGAUCCUGAAGAAGACAUUCCUUCAGGGUUUGUUCAUACCCCUGUAUCAAUUUACUCUAUAUUGCAACUGGAAUUGUAGCAUAAGUUGCUCAAUGAUCAUUAGGUGCUAAUAAUUAUCAAAUGGCUGUGUUAUUAGAUUUAUGUUAAAGUAAGUCUGAAUUUAAUAAGGAUUUAAAUCUUCUUUAUAAUGAUCUCUAUAAUAACCACAUGUCUAAUUAAAUAUAAAGUGUGAAGAAUGAAGUCUAUCACAUCGCAAAAUUGUUAGCAGAUCUAUUCUGCUAUACCUAAAUAUUAUUUUAUCAUACGUUAAGUAUAAUAAUAAUAAUGGUCCUAUUAUAAUGUAUUAAUAGUAAUCCCUGUAAUGGUAGGUAUUGUACAAAUUGUGUAAAAUUUAGGACAAAGCCCUCAAGGUCGGCUUUAUUUGCUUUUGCUCUUGGAGUAUAUUCCUGUAUUAAUGCUUUGUUUCAGAUUAGAGAACUUGACUACUUUUACAUUGUUGUGCUACAGUGUAAAAUUUUAAAUGCCAAAGUAUAGAAUUGAGUCACUAAAUCCUUUCCUAAGGUGCCAUUUAUAAGUCAAUUAGGGUCACAGUAAGCCAUGGUACAUACGUAGUACUGCCUUUACUGAUGGAUAGCCUCUUGUCUAAGGGAAUUUGUACAGUUUUGGUUUGAUGUAUGUCUUAUUUGUAAUCAACUAUGUUGUUUUAUAAAAAUUUGUUACUAUUUCUUCUUUGGGUUGAAAGAUUGUUGUCAAGUAGGUUGCCUGUCUCCCGGGCGUGUCUGUGAAGCUUUGCAGUCCCUGGUGGGUAGGACACCCAUUUGACAGUCCUGUCAAGCACAAAGUUGCCCCAAUCUUCAUGGAAAGUUAAAUCUAAGUGUCUGAUGUAGUUGUUCUUGGGUUUUGUUUUGAAGCAAGCAUCCGAUUAAAUAUUUUUUUAAAAAGAAAA